GACAAAGCCUUCCCCAGAGGAGGGGAGAGGGAGUUGUGUGGGACAAGCCACUCCUGACAGAAGGAUGCUGCAGCUGAGUCUGUCCUGGCUGGGACUCGGGCCGGUGGCAGCCCCCCCAUGGCUGCUCCUGCUGCUGGUCGGGGCCUCCUGGCUGCUGGCCCGCGUCCUGGCCUGGACCUACACUUCCUACAACAACUCUCGCCGCCUCCAAUGUUUCCCGCAGCCCCCAAAACGCAACUGGUUCUUGGGUCACCUGGGCCUGAUUCAGAGCUCGGAGGAAGGUCUCCUGUACACACAGGGCCUGGCCAGCACCUAUGGGAUGUGUGCCUUGGUGGUUGGACCCUGGCAUGUGGUCACCCUCAUCUUCCACCCCACCUGCAUCAAGCCUGUGCUCUUUGCUCCAGCCACCGUCGCACCCAAGGACGUGCACUUCUAUGACUUUCUGAAGCCCUGGCUGGGGGAUGGGCUCCUGCUGAGUGCCGGUGACAAGUGGAACAGCCACCGUCGCAUGCUGACACCUGCCUUCCACUUCAACAUCCUGAAGCCCUACAUGAAGAUUUUCACCAAGAGUGCAGACAUCAUGCAUGCCAAGUGGCAGCACCUGGUCACAGAGGGCCACACCCAUCUGGACAUGUUUGAACACAUCAGCCUCAUGACCCUGGACAGUCUGCAGAAAUGCGUCUUCAGUUUCGACAGCAAUUGCCAGGAGAAGCCCAGUGAAUAUAUUGCUGCCAUCUUGGAGCUCAGUGCCCUAGUGGCAAAGCGGCACCAGCAGAUCUUCCUGCACCUAGACCUCCUGUACUACCUCACCCCCGACGGGUGGUGUUUCCGCAGGGCCUGCCGCCUGGUUCACGACUUCACAGAUGCUGUCAUCCAGGAGCGGCGGCGUACCCUCCCCAGUCAGGGUAUUGAUGACUUCCUCAAGGCCAAGGCUAAGGCCAAGACCUUGGACUUCAUUGAUGUACUCCUGCUGACCAAGGAUGAAGAUGGGAAGGGAUUAUCAGACGAAGAUAUCCGAGCUGAAGCUGACACCUUCAUGUUUGAGGGCCAUGACACCACAGCCAGCGGCCUCUCCUGGGUCCUGUACAACCUUGCAAAGCACCCAGAAUACCAGGAGCGCUGCCGGCAGGAGGUGCAAGAACUCCUGAGGGACCGUGAGCCUAAGGAGAUUGAAUGGGACGAUCUGGCCCAGUUGCCCUUCCUGACCAUGUGCAUCAAGGAGAGUCUGCGGUUGCACCCCCCCGUCACAGUCAUCUCCCGCCGCUGUACCCAGGACACUGUGCUCCCAGAUGGACGGGUCAUCCCCAAAGGUGUUAUCUGCCUCAUCAGUAUUUUCGGGACCCAUCACAACCCAUCGGUGUGGCCAGACCCUGAGGUCUAUGACCCUUUCCGCUUUGACCCAGAAAACAUCAAGGGGAGGUCACCUUUGGCUUUUAUUCCCUUCUCUGCGGGGCCCAGGAACUGCAUUGGGCAGUCAUUCGCCAUGACAGAGAUGAAGGUGGUGCUGGCGCUCACGCUGCUGCGCUUCCGUGUGCUGCCCGACAAGGAGGAGCCACGCCGGAAGCCGGAGCUGAUCCUGCGCGCGGAGGGCGGACUUUGGUUGCGUGUGGAGCCGCUGAGUGCAAGUCAGCAGUGACCCACCGCCGUCUGGCCUGCGAUCCACCCUGACCCUAGACACCUCACUUUGCAGAUUCCUAGAAAUAAAACUGUGCUGUCA